GAUCCGACGACCAUAGUACGCAUCAUCAAUCACAGCACCAAAUGUAACAACCGUUAUGGCAACACUCGCAGCAAACGACCAGGAGAAUGUGGUGCGCAAUCUUCAGGCUGGACCUGCCGGAAAGGCGCUCAAUGCCGGCAUGAAGGGAUUCCACUCCAAAACACCUGGACACAAAGCUCCCAAGACGCCCUUUAAAGUUCCACUCAAUGACGAGAAUGCCACCUUUAAGGCUGGAAAAUCGAUCUUGCAGACCAGAGGGAAGGGAAAUGAAAAUCUAUUGAAGACGACUUCUAAAGGCGGAAAAUUGGACAGCAAUGCCUUCGUUACUCCUGCUGGGCCUCGCAAUCGAGCUCCUUUGGGCAUGAAGACCACAAAUGCCAAAGGUCAAGCUUUCAAGACACCCGCUCCGCUCUCAGCAUCCGGAAAGACUCAGAGGAUCAGUCCACGUCUCCAUCGUCCGAAAGUCAAGGUUCUCCAAGAGCAGGCAAAGCCUGAAGAGCAGGAUGAUGUACCUGAGGUCGAGUAUAUGCCACCGAAAGAGAUCCCCCUUCCAGAGACCUUCGACGACGAUAUGCCACCGAUCGAUUGGGACUUUCCUCGGCUCACCGGAAAGAAAGGUACACGCAAGGUGCGGAUCGCCAACAGCUGCUAUGAGGAUGUACCGGGUGGUGGCCAAUGCGAGGUUGAUGAAGACCUCGUCAGGGAGCAAAAGAAGGCGAGCGACGAGUUCGAUAAACUCUUUGAGGAAAUGACAGCCAAGGACGAUGCUGAAGCUAGGAGAUAUCUUGGAAUCGAGUCACCAAAGAAGGCAGUCCCAAAGGCAGAGCUCCCCAAAAUGAGAGCGACGGCGCCGUCGACAAUCAAGGCGAGAUCUGCUGCUGCAGCACUUUCCCCAGUUUCUAAGCCACGCUUCGCCGCCCCUACUGUAGUUGCGAAGUCGCGCGGACCAACUACUUUCCUGCCCAGCAGAAGAACCGCCAAGCCAGCCAUCAGCGCGUCCACUGCACGCAAUGCUACGGCUGCAGCAGCCUCAAGGAGCACGAUUGGUUAUGCACAGGGCCGUGCAGCAGGUGCCAGCAACACGGCUCGAAAGCCCCUCUCCAACGUUACACGACCUCCGUCGCGCACUGCAACCUCGCAUCGACCCACCACCGCGUCAUCCACGCGCAGUACAAACGCAAGUUCAGUCGCUGGCAGACCAAGGGGCCCUUUCUCUCGCUCUAGCUCCACCUCCACUCAGGCUACGUUGGUGAACAGCCAGGUCGAGGAGCAGCCAUACCGCACGGCUGAAGAUGUCGAAAAUGAGAUGCGCCUCAUGCUUCUGCAGCGCGACAACGAUUCCGAGGACGAAGCAUGGAUGAACAGCUUCAACGCCCAGGUCCAGGGAGGUGCAUUCGAUGACGAGUUGGACGACUUCCAACUGCAGCUACCGGCAGGGCUAUAAUCAAGAAAAACUGAAAAAGAUCGGUCGUCAUUACAAUCAUUAUUCCCCCCAACAUACAGUUUUCAUACGGUAAAAGGAGUUAUUUUGUUUACUUUCAUUCGAAGGGUAAUGGGUUUGGAAUAUCUGAUACCUCGUUUUAUCGAGUGGCAUGUUUCUUUCCCCCACGCGGCAUCCAUGCCCAUGGGUAUUGUACACUUGCAGAGUUGACAGUCAUGUCAUCUGUACUUCAUAAUCAG